AUGCGCCUCCUCCCGUCCCUCCUCCGCCUCCGCCUCCGUCUCCCCACGCCAAACCUCCAAACCGCACACCUCACCACCUCUCCCUCCCUCCUCAAUGGCAAAUCCCUCCCGCCCCGCACCCCCCUCCUCGACGCCGACCUAAUCGAAAACUUUCUCAAAGGCUCCGGGCCCGGCGGCCAAAAAAUCAACAAAACUUCCUCCGCCGUACAACUCAAGCAUAUACCUACUGGUAUCGUAGUCAAGUACCAGGAUACGCGGUCAAGAGAGAUAAACCGGAAGAUGGCGAGAAGGAUACUGCAGGAAAGGAUUGAAGAGUUGGAGUUGGGGGAGGGGGCGCGGACGAAGGUCAAGGCGAGGGAGAAGGCGAAGAAGAAGGCGAGUAGUGGGAAGAAGGCUAGGAGGAAGUAUAGGGCGUUGGCGGAGGGUAAGGAGAGUGAUGAAGUUGCAGAGGAAGAGGGCGGAGAGGAAGUGCUGGUUAAUGGUAGAGAGGAGAGGAGUUCAGAUGGAUUGGAGGAGAAGGUCGAGGUCACGGAUAAGAGUAGGACGGUGGGCGGUUGA